CACAAAGGAAACGCAAGGCGAAGGCUAAGGAAUCAUGUUGUUGGUGUAAGCCUUGUACAAGGAAGAGACGAGCACGAAAGAAGGAGGCUAGGAGACGUGGGUUGCAAAGGGUUGAAGGAGGAUGGUGGAUACCGACGGAGGAUUGUGAGAGGUUGAAAGGUUGGGACCCAUGGCCCGAACCAACGACGACGAUCGCCGACGAGAAGGGCGACGGCGAUCGACCAAUGGGCGAAUGGCGCGCAUCGGCCCAUGAUGCGCGCGGGUGGACGGAACAGGACGACGUACGUAGGAGUUCGGUUGGCAGGCGAGUCGCGGACGUCGACUUGGACGCAUUGGCGUUCGGGGGCGUAGCGACAGGGCGCGAUAGGCGCGCGGGUGAGCAGUCCGCCAGCAGUGGAAAUGCGUGCGACGCAGCGGGCGCACAAGGAUGCGCGGGAGGCGAUCAGAGCCCGCGGGCGAUGGAUGCGAUGCGCAAAGGAGCAGGCGCGGUAGGGCACGCCGUAGGCAAUUGGUGCGCGGACGGUGGCUGGGAUGCGCGCGGGGUGAUCGGAAGUGACGACGGGCGCGCGAUAGCGCGCGAAUGCACAACAAGCGCGGGCGUCCUAAUCCGCGGAGAAGUAGGCAGGCCGGGUGAUGAGGUACACGCGCAAAAAGGGCUGCGAAACCAACUCAUCGCAUUACUAAAGGAGUUCAGGGAUGUUUUCGCCUUCACCCCUGAGGAGUUGACGGGGAUCGAUCCCACUAUUAUGGAGCAUAAACUCAACGUUGAACCCCUCAGCAAGCCAAUAAAACAACGACUUAGACGCCAUGGUGAAGAAAUCGACAAAGCCAUUGAAGUCGAUAAGUUGCUGCGAGCGGGGCACGUCAAAGAAAUCCAAUUCCCCGAGUGGAUAUCCAACACCGUAAUGGUGAGGAAGGCACUAAACAAAUGGCGCAUGUGCAUCGAUUUUCGUGACUUAAACUUGGCUUGCCCAAAAGAUCAUUAUCCCUUACCACGAAUUGAUCAGAUAGUCGACUCUACGGCUGGUUGCGAAUUGCUGAGUAUGAUGGAUGCAUAUCAGGGAUAUCACCAGAUUCCGUUGUACCCUGAAGAUCAGAGUAAGGUGAGUUUUGUGACGAGCAAAGGGAC